AUGUCUAUUUAUGUUAUAUGUUUAACGACAAAUGGUGGAUUGCCGAUAUUGACUCGUAAAAAGGGGGACUGUGAAAAUCUGCCAUUCUCGACGAUGGCUUCCUUAAAUGGAUUUCACAUGUUCUUCAAGUCACUGGGUAUUAAUUUGCACAAGACGUACGCCGAGAACUGGAAGUAUUUGUGGAAGGACUUUAACAAUUCUAUUACAAUAAUAAUUUGCUCCGUAGGAAUUGAUGACUAUGUCCUCGACCUUUUGCCUGAAAUGGUAUAUGGAUCGUUCAGUUUAUUUAUCAGUCAGGAUGAAAUGGCUUAUCCUUCAUUUACCGAGCGCUUGAAAAAGGAAUCUAAGAACUACAUUCCCAUAUUAGAUGCUAUAUUGGAAGCCAGCAUAAGUCAAUUCCUUGGGUUUUCCAGCUGCCUCCUUUCGACUGAUAACACACAUGUUUUGCAGCGUUUGAACAGCGACAUCAGCUCUCAAUGUGGUUCUUUAUUUUGCUGCUUGCUUGUGGGUCAACGAAUUGCUGCGGCUACAGACGGUUGGUGGGAUUUAAAUAUCGUGGAUAGGCAAUUAUUAAUGUUCCUCUUGCAAACAUCCUGUUCAUUGCAAAAUGAUGUUGCAGUGUAUUUGCCGAAGAAAAGUCCAAACAUGGCGUACCGUUUCAUUACUAUUCCAGUUUCAUCCAACAUCGUUUUGGCAGUUAUUUGUGGAACAGAACCACCUUUAAAAAGCCUUGUGGAAUUGGCAGAUAAUGUCUUCAGAAGUGAAUUAGCGAUGCUACAAAAACUAGAAAGGUACAUUCCAUCUGGUUUAUCCGAAUGCAUUGAGCUUGACUCCAGUAUAAUCGCUAUUAUAAUAGCCAACUGCAGAACUAAGAAAUGCGUAUUUUCAUCGAAUAUUCAUCAUAGAACAUCGAAUAAACGGUUUAUGGGAGAUUUUCAAAGUAUUGAGUUGCUGAAAACAUUGUUUGGUCAAACAUUCACAAAUAUCGAGCUUUUGAAGAAUAAUUAUUCACAAAACAAUUUGCUUGAUCAAUAUUAUUGUUCUGAUAGCCACAAAUAUUACACAGAAACUGACGAAGAAGAUAAUAUAAUAGGUAUAUUGUUUAUUUCAUCUGUUCCGACGCAUACCAUGAAGCAUAUUGGCAAGAACUUGUUUUCCAAAAUACUAUCAGAAAAAUGCUUUUGCUGGUAA